CUUCUAAUCAGAAGGGCGGGUAACCUGUAAUGUGCUUCAUUUUCAUUCGAUUGGAAGGCGUGCAGUUUUCAGUUUGUUGAACAAGUCCAACAAUUCUCUCUAUCUAGGUCGAGGAAAAUGUUGAAGAAAGUAAGACAAGUUGUUCUUCAUCUGAUGAGGCGAAAAUCAUGGACGAAUUUGAGCGAAAAAAGAAAGAACUGGAGGAAUUGCAAGGAGAACAAAUGCGAUUACAAAUGAUGCAACUAGAAGAACUGCGAAUGAAAUAUGAAUUAAUUAAGAAGAAACAAGAAAAAGAUCGGCAAAACCUUUUAAAACAACAAAAAGAAAAGAUAUUGAAGAUGAGAUUACAACAAGAAGACGUGGACUCUGCAGAGGUUAUUAUUAUAUAUAUAUGAUGUUUUUUGUUUGUUUUUUAGACCGUGAUUAUUCCACGAAUGUGUACAUUAUAGAUAUACAUAGGCAACAAUAUCAUCUGGCAUAGUCAUUUCUUUUCACGAUUUUGAACAACAUUUUGUCAGUUGCAUUAACGUAACCCUGUACAUAAUCUUAGAGCUAAUAUUGCAAAGGUUUACGGUAAUAUUUAUAUCCACGUCCUGACAUUAUUUCAUAACGUUUAGUGGUUGCUUAUUGUCUUUCAUUCCAGGAAAGCUCGUCUGAUUCCAAAUUAUCUGAAGGUUCAGCGUCAGUUAAGCAAAGCAUUAGAGAUCCAAGACUAAAGAAACAAGUGACAGACAACAAGACAGAUACCUCCACUAACAAUGUUGAAGCUGAAAAACUGGAAGAAGAACCGUCUGCAGUAAAGACAGCGACUAUUGUUGAUAAUGCAGUAAAGACAGCGACUAUUGUUGAUAAUGCAGUACAGACAGCGACUAUUGUUGAUAAUGCAGUAAAGACAGCGAAUAUUAUUGUUGAUCAUGUAGUAAAGACAGCGACUAUUGUUGAUAAUGCGGUAAAGACAGCGACUAUUGUUGAUAAUGCAGUAAAGACAGCGACUAUUGUUGAUAAUGCGGUAAAGACAGCGAGUAUUGUUGAUGAUGCAGUAAAGACAGCGAGUAUUGUUGAUGAUGCAGUAAAGACAGCGAGUAUCGUUGAUAAUGCAGUAAAGACAGCGAGUAUUGUUGAUAAGCCUGUUGAUAAAGUAGGAUUUGAUCUGGAGUUUGUUCCUCUUGAUAAAGAUGAUGAUACCGUGAAAACAACGCCUUCUUUGACAUAUAAUAGAGAUAGACCUUUGGGUAAAAAUAGAUACUUUAGGAAAGAUCCUAAGGCUAAAAUAACGAAGAGCGAUAGUGACUCAGGUUCGGACUUUGCAGAUAGCAAGGUCUCCAGCAGUGAUUCACACGAAGCUAAAAAACGAUUACGUGGUAUUGGACAUCGCAAUUAUAGACAGAGACUGGAGCCUACUAAAGAAAAUGAUCGACAUGAAACAUUGGAUGAGAGAAAGAGAAGUGAUAGAGGGCGAGGUAGAAGACGACACUCGGGAGAUCGACCGGGGAAUCAUUCAAAUGAGAGAGAGCCCACUACAGGUCAUGAUCGCCCUGAUGGCCGAGAUCAUCACCGUCCAGGUGAACAUUCUGACGACCGAUUGGGUAAACGUCGUGGUGACUUCCCUGAUGCGCCAGACCGUCCUGGAGUACGUCCAGGUGGUAACCGUCUAGGAGAACGUCCAGAUGAAAUUGGUCGUCGUGGCGACCGUCCUGGUGAGCAUCCGAACCGUCCUGGACCACGUGAUCUUGGAGAUCGUCCUGGACGUCGACCUGACGAUCAUUCUGGUAGAGGCCGUCCUGGCGACCUUCAUGGAGAACGUCCUAGAGGCCGCCUAUCGAAGCGUCCAGGUGACAUUGGACACAGACAUCCUGUGAGAAGAGAACAUGAUGAAUAUGAAAGUAUCCAUGGUAGCAGGCUUGAUCGUCGUGAAGAGUGGACCAGAGGUCGUGGACAACGCAGGUAUUGCACUAAUUUACGAACGUGCACGACAUUUUAACAUUAGAGACUAGAGAGGUUAAGAUACCCCGGUUUCGGUGUACGUGUACGGGUAGCAUGAUUUUGGUUAGCAAUAUUUUCGUCGAUGUCUGUACCUUUACUCGUAAUUAAGGUGCACAUUUUUCGCAUUAUAUCAUUGUCUAUUGCAAGAAAACAGAAAAUGUAUGAUCGAAUUACAGACAUCAGUAAAACAAGAUGACACUACUCGUACCCGUACACCGAAACUGGGGUAUCUUAACCUCUCUAUUAUUAGGCUGUGUUGGUUAGAGCGCUGCACCGGAGGACCGCAGGUUCGAUUCCUGCCAGGAACCUAAAGUUGCAUUUUUCGCAAAGUCUGUUCCUGGUCAGGUCUAAUAAAUGUCUAUAAAUUUCCACUCGACAAUUUCCAUCUACAAUACCCUUCAACUGUUUUAACAUUACCCUUUAUGAAGCAGGCUCUAGCUAUGGAUGCACCAACUACUAUAAUUGUGUAAUGUGUUGCUGGCACGUUAUUAAUAAACGCACAAAACAUCUUAACCAGUGUUCUUUACUGGACUACAACUCAACAGCAACUCCCGAUUACAACAGUUCAGCGCUAUUUACACAAUUACUAACGCCAGUUACAAGAUCACGACUACAAACAUGUGACGACUGCAACUGGUUCCAUGUACAAACCCAUUAACACUGCACGCAACAAUUGUAUUGCAUUUCUACAUUGUAUAGUAUACAAAUAAUGAAUGUUUCUUCGUGCAAUGGUAAGAAUAUUUUCAUGAGGUGAAAGAUGGAAUGUUCCAUUCAACGAGGCGACAGCCGAGUUGAAUGGAACAUUCCAUCUUUCACCGAAUGAAAAUAUUCUUACCAUUGCACGAAGAAACAUUCAUUAUUUGUUUUAUAUAAUACCAAAAUAGACUAAUAGAUUCGUAUGAGAAGCAUUUUGAGGGAUGCGAUUUAUCGAAAACACAAAGAGUGCAAUUGUACUAUACGUUUUAUUCCAUUGCACUCGCGGAGAGUGCAAUGGAACGUGUUCCAUUGCACUCUUGGGAAAUGGAAUUUUCUAUUCAAUAUCACGUGACCAUAAACAGCCAAUUAAACGAUUAGAAUUUAAUAAGGUAUUAUAUAAUUCUAUAUAUACAUUGUAUUUAUGAAAAGGAUUGCAACCGAGGUAUUUUCUUAUACAGUAAGUGUAAUAAUUGUAUUUGGUAGACCACACCGAGGGCAUUUAUUGGAAGGAAACAUGGAUGGACGACUUCGACAUCCUCAACCAGUUGAUAACACAGGUAGAUUACCAGACAGGAGGGAUCAAGGUUUCGACCGACCUGACGGAGUGGCGUUUGAAUGUAGUCCUGGGGAGGAACCGCCGUUUAAGAAAUCACGAUCAUCGCCACCUAGACCGUUGUUCAGUGAAAAAGAAAUAUCCGAGAUCCGAGAGAAACGUCACGAUUCACCUGAUCAUCCGUUUGAACAAACUGGAUAUCAUGAACCAUGGCGACAUGAAAACAUUAGACAACCACCACCUGAAUUCUUUGAUAAUCAAGGACCUCACCUAGGACUCAGACCACCUCAUUUUCCUCUUCCGCGAGAUGCGCCAUUUGCACCUCGAGGUAUGCCGAGAGAAUUUUUACGUCCUCCGCAACACUUCCCUGGUGAGCUAGAAAUUCCUAUGGAACUCGCACUGGAUAACGAAUCAGAAAUUUUAAGAAGUGUAAGUUUUUGUGCGUAUAUACUGCAUGUACAACAGAUGGUGGAAAAUAGUGCGAAUUGGUAGCAAGUAACUAAAAAAUAAGAGAGAUUUUGUGCUCCUUGAAGUGUCAACAUUCAUCUGCGGUUGACCGCCAUAUGUUGCCUGCAAUGUAACGUUUACUGAAACUACUUAAUUUUUCAUUCACCACAAUUCUGUAAGUUGUAUGAUAUAGUAUUGGUCGUCUCUUCAUACCAGGCGUUCUAACAUAUGAACUUGCUCAUAAGUAAUAUACGAUAUAAAAAUAUAUUGAGAAUCAUGUAGUAAAUCUUAGUAAUAUUAUUAAAUGAAUGAACUGUAGUGUAGAAUGAGUACCAGAAAUUACAAUACAAAUACGUAAGUCGUACUGCAUGGCAAAACAAAACUAAUAGAACUGAAAAUGUUUAACUUUACUAUUAUUUAGGCCGAGCAUCGUUUACGUACAGGUGACCUAUCUUUAGAACAACACCAUGAAUUAUUGGAAAAACUUCAUCAGUUUUAUGAACUUCAAAAGUGGCAACGUCGUCGUAGUCUUGAUAUGCAACCACAUCAUGAGCCACCUCAACCUCCAUUACACCCGCAUGCUGCUGGCAUUCCUCCUCAGAGUAGACCACCUGAUACACAUUUAAAUAAUGAUCGCAUUCAAAGUAAGUCAUUGUUGAUUGAAAUAUUAUUGUUCAAAUUGUGUCCUAGGCCACAAUUAUCUUUCUAAGUUUUCAACUAGAUUUAUUUUGCGAAUGUCAAUAGAAUCUAUAUAGACCGAUUCGAAAAAUGGUUGUCAUUCUUUUUUCUUCCGAAAUUAAUUUCGAUCAAGGUGAUCACUGCCGCCUUAUGGAAUACUUCAAGACUGUAUUAGUUUUACAAAAUAUAAUAUGAUACCUACAUGUAUCAUCAUUGCAUGUUAGACCAAAUUUUAAUCUAAGCAGAGAAAAGGGAAUCAAACACCACAGCUAAAAGGAACAUACUGAAAUUAGUAAAAGUGGAAAAUUUGGCUGCGAAAUGUUGUAAAGCUUGGAAAAUAUAGCCUUGCAAAGUUUGCAUAUUUUCACUAUAUUUGUAUUACGAGCGGAAAUUGUUACCAUUUUCGGCUCAAAAAUGGUAACAAUUCCGCGCGUAAUACAAAUAUACUGAAAAUAUGCAAACUUUGCAAAGCUGUAUUUUCCAAGCUUUACAACAUUUUGCAACCAAAUUUUGCAAGUUUACUAAUUUUAAUAAGUUCUUAAUGGGAAUUUACUUUUUUUUGCCUAGAUCAGCUAGAUCAAAAAUUUGUCUAACAUGCAAGUUGUCUAUUAUCUUUUAGGAAUUAAAUCUUUCAAAUACCAGAGUUUCUGCUAGAUUUAGCAAAGAAAACUGACUAGCCUCGUUCGCUUACAUGGAUUUUUUUUCAAUCUUAAACUCUUGCACUUGCCUUUAAAUAGAAAUCUCUGUUGAAAUAUUGUUUAUUAGCCUAGUAAUGCAUAUAAAAUAAUGCAAAAUUGUGGCGGCUACUUUUUGAAUCGGUCAAUUGACAGAACAGAAUGAUGUUUAGAAAUUUAGCCUGACCUGAUGUAUACAUACUACGGUAAAUUUUUUGAGGUGUAAAUGCGCCAAAUCCCGAUUCGUUUGAAUUCCACUAUGGCAUCGUAUACUUCAAACUAGCCCAUGUUGAACCCGAUUAGCGAAUUUAUAGUAAAUCAACAGAAACUAGGUUAGCUUUAACCUGAGGAUGAACCUAUACUAGGAAGGACCUACUGUUUAGAAGUAACAAUAUGAGGAAAUGAACCCAACCACUAGAAAAAGCAACUCAAGAGUAGGAACACAACAUUUGACCACAUUUAGUGGAUAAAUACAGGAUGAUUACUGAGCUUUAAUUUUUCUAUUUUGAAAUGUAUGGGGUUUUGAGGGUUUUAGUGGACGGACGUCCCCCAAUACAAUGUAUUUUAGAAUGAAUUUCCCAAUCUUCAAAUGCUUGUUAUUCAUACGUACAUAUGUCUUCACAUGUGGCCAAACUUUGUGUACCUGAGCUGAUCUUCCAUUGGUUAAAUUCAUUUUGCUACUUUUUAACACUGCGUCCCAGUUUAUAAUAGUAUGAUUACUGUCCGCUUCGUUCUGUCACACAACCAUAAUUUCAGGCGCUAUAAAUACACCAUGAAACGGUUAUAAAUUGAUAUGUCACAGUCGCUUUGCCCUUAACUUGAUAGGUUUCCUUCUUUAUGACAAUUAUUAUCAUUCUUCAUUCAGUGCCUGUGCCAGAAAGAAUGAUGCUUGGUGAACCUCUAUCUGAUAUGUUGGCUCGUCAACCACAUCUCGUUCACCCUGCUGACAUGACGGGAGAGGAUAGACCACAAUCUCCUAUGGCUGAUCCCCUGUUACCUCGUAAUCAUGAACCCGAUGUUCUACCUGAAAAAAUACAUCCUGCUGAAGGUAAGAUCAUUAUUGUCUUCCAGUGACGGAUUUCUUUUACUCCGCGGAACUUUUCAACUCAAUUUGUAUUGGAUGAUGUUGAACAUCGGGAUAGGAUAUGAUUAUAUGAAGCUUGACCGUUGUUCACUCAUGACUUACGUAUACAAUGUAAGCUAGAUUUUCAGCGCAGUCUGUCGUUUUAGAGCUUUCUCUUCAUUGCUACAUUCACGACUGCCAUUCACUUCUGACUGAGACCAUAAGUUCGAAUUUCUCUAUGAGAUCAAGGCACUCCUGGUAGCCCUGGUCACAGAAUAGGAAGUUAUACCAGAAGCGUAACUCUAGUCGUUUCCCUUAUUGUUUGACGUCCACGAAAAUUUUAACUCGCUCACGUCAGGCCACGCCAUCCUGGCUAGUACAGCCAGAAGAUUUUAUCAGGAUUUGGUAGGUACAAAGUGCCGGUUGUACUAGCCAGGAUGGCGUGAUUGAUGACGAAUCGCUUGUAAAAACGCGGACAAAUAUUUGCUCGAGUUGCGCUUCUGGUAUAACUUCCUAUUCUGUGCCCUGGUGGAGUGGAUUUUUUCACGUACUCUGAUUUCUUAGAUCGAUAGCUCAAUCGAGCAUCAGCCUCGUUUGCUGAGUAUGCGAAUUCAAAUCCCGCUUGAGCCAACUUUAUGUUGACAGUAUUGCAUGGCUUUUCUCGCACUAUUGAUUUGAAUACAUGCGUGAAUAGCCUGGGCUAACUACUUCAUAAAACAUACAAUAACAUGUAAUAGUAUACUUGAUAUAAUUAAUACAUCAGUGAAAGGCCCCCAAGGGCUUAGAGCUGAACAUUGUAGGUACAAUAAAGGAAUACCAAAUGGCGCGGGAUUUUACGACACUUUCGGAAAGCGUUAAAAAUCAAGCCUCAGACGAGGUUUUUACGAAAGUCGAGCAACAUCCCAAGUAGAUGGAUGACGCUAUCCUGCACGGAAAACCAUUUGGUAAUUGUUUUAUAAAAUAACUACAGUGAAACAACGGUUAACUUUACUAAAACUUGCUCUGUCCUCUUUACAGAUGAAAAUCCGCCAUCCAACUUAGUAAUGGAAAAACAAACAGUAGAUGAUUUGUUUAAGAGAUUGAUGGAUGUUGGUAUCAUAACCAAAGUAAACCAAGGAUUAUCUCCAGCCAGAGUAGUGACACCGCCUGUAGUGGAAGCACAUGUUUUGAAAGAAAUUCCUAUUCCACAAAUACCAGAAUUGCCAGAAAUAAAGUUAACAUUGGACCAUCUUCGCAGGUAA